AUGGAGGCACAGACAGACAUGGCAACAGACCUCCUGCACAGAACGUUCAGCUGGUGCGAAAGGUGCAAGGUGGACCUCCACAGUGUGGCAACUGUGGAAAAUUUCAUAGAGGAGUUUGCAUGGAAAUCCAGGCAGGUCCGCGUCUAUGCUAUAAAAUGCAAGCACCAAAACACCUUGUCUUUCAAAAUUCUUCCCAACGGCCAAGGUGACAACGGCGUCGCGCACGAGCCAAGCACCAACAGCCAUUGUCGAGAGCUGCUGAACCUUUUGUGCCAAGAUGCACGUCAGUCGUCGAGGACACAUGACCAGUCGCCCAGAAGACGCCGUGAGCCGUUGCUACCAGAGUUCGAGCGCAAGGAGCAAGCACCACAUCGUAAUUUUGCACCGAGCCUUGUCCGCUAUCAGCCGUGA